AUGUAUAUUAUAUCAUUUUUCGUUGGCGCUGUUUUAAUUUACUCUCAAACGUCUCACGCCAGAUUAAAUCCAAUUCAAUUCAAUGCAAAUUUAACGGAUUUUAUGAAAUUGCAGCGCCAAAAGCGCGGUUUGAUUUUUAAUGGAAACGGACAAAUUAAGAUUGAUACCGGAGUAAUAGCUGCCAUAGAUUUAGGUGAUCCAAUCCAAUGGCGUUCCCUAGUUUCCAUCAAUAAUCUUCAAGGUGGUUUCUACCCUCUACCCUCCGAGCCACUAUAUCCAUGGGAUAAAUGGGAGGAAACAUUCGCACGUUCGUUGAAAAAUAUGCACGCAGAAGCCGACUAUAAAGCAGAUGAUUCACGAAAAUUUGCCUAUACAGUUUUGGAAGUAUUAAUGGAGCGACAACAUGGAAAUGGACGCAAAUGUUUGCUGCGCUCCAUAUGUAAGAACGCUCAAGUGGAUGAACAUGUGGGCAUGUUUUCCGAGAUAUUAAAUAUUGUUUUAAGUCCGGGAAAAAAUGACAUCGACGUUCUCUACAUGGAAGCAUUUCGAGCUGGUAAAUCAGGUGCUGAUUGCGUACGCUUAUACUCCGAGUGCCGAGUGGUUUCCAAUUUUUUAGAUCAAUAUUUGGAUUAUAUAUAA